AUGCUGCACUUCUUCCUGUUGAUCUCCGCAGCUGCCUUGGAUGAGCAUGAAGCUGCUUUAAAGCAGGAUUCCGAGUGCACAUCAGCUGAGUGUACCUUGAGCGCUCUUCAGCUUCUUGGCACAUGGAAGCUGAACUCAGCAGCUACGACGGCAGAUUUGAACGCAGAUGUCGCGGUGGAUGUGGAUGGUGAUUUCUCAAACUCUUCCUCAGAUUUUCCACUUUACGGUUACCACCAUUGGGCCACCACCACGAUGUAUGGCGAUGCUCCCCGAUCAGCAUGUGGAGGAAUUGAUACCCACCGACUGGUGCAAGGCACCCGGUAUCACAAUGUGGCCUCGGCCCAGUCGAUGUGGAGGAAUUGCAAUGGAAACGGGGCAUGUUGGUGUGGCCAAGCAGGUGGUGGUUCAGGAACCACCGGAAUGGGCUGCCUGUCCUGUGCAAAAGGGCGCUUCUUGCGGUCAGCAUAUGGCCAGAAGGGCAAGGCUUUGUACAGCCUUGCGCAAGAAGAAUCCGAAGAUGAGUCGGAAGACCCUUUCAUGUCAGAAGAGAUAAUUGUAGUUGUGGGUGACCUCUGUCCACAUCCAGGAAACGAAGAUUGGUGUCCCAAUCGUGCUGGACUGAAGAAUGCCUAUGGAUCCUUCAAUCAUCUUGACUUCUCUCACUACCCCAACAGCGUGCCACACUCGAGAUCUAUCCCCAACAAGAACUUUGUCUUCUCUCGGAUUGAUUGCCCGGGUGACUUGAAGCAGCGAUACUACUCAAUGUCGCAUUGCCGCUGA